AAACCUCAGUUGUGGGAUUUAAACAUUCUUAACAAUGGCAACUUCGAAAGUUUUAAGUAUUGUUUUCUUUGUGUUGUUGUGUUUAGGAAUAUGUUCUGCUGCUAGAACACUUAUUACCAUUGGUUUGGGUCAUGAAAUUAGUGGAGGUUUCCAUGGUGACAUUGGUGUGAGCGGUGGUGAAGGUGGAGUACAUGUUGGUGCAGAUGGACAUGGAGGAGGAGCCGCUGGAGGUGGAGGUGCAGGUGGUGGUGGUGAAUAUGGAGGAAAUGUUGUUGCUGGUGGUGGAGGAGGUGGAAGUGGAGGUGGUGGUGGUGGUGGUGCAGCUGAAGGUGGUGGAUAUGGUGGAGGAGCUGGCAAAGGAAGCGGGGAAGGUGUAGCACAUGGUGGUGGUUAUGCAGGUGGUGGAGGAAGUGGUAGUGGUGGAGGCGGAGGUGACGGAGCAGCCGAAGGUGGUGGAUAUGGUGGAGGAUCUGGCAAAGGAGGUGGGGAAGGAUUUGGUGGAGGUGCAGCACAUGGUGGUGGUAAUGCUGGUGGUGGAGGAGGUGGUAGUGGUGGAGGUGGAGGUGGCGGAGCAGCUGAAGGUGGUGGAUAUGGUGGAGGAUCUGGCAAAGGAGGUGGGGAAGGAUUUGGUGGAGGUGCAGCACAUGGUGGUGGUAAUGCUGGUGGUGGAGGAGGUGGUAGUGGUGGAGGUGGAGGUGGCGGAGCAGCUGAAGGUGGUGGAUAUGGUGGAGGAGCUGGCAAAGGAGGUGGGGAAGGAUUUGGUGGAGGUGCAGCACAUGGUGGUGGUAAUGCUGGUGGUGGAGGAGGUGGUAGUGGUGGAGGUGGAGGUGGCGGAGCAGCUGAAGGUGGUGGAUAUGGUGGAGGAGCUGGCAAAGGAUUUGGUGGAGGUGUAGCACAUGGAGGUGGUUAUGCUGGUGGUGGAGGAGGUGGCAGUGGUGGAGGUGGAGGUGCUGGUGCAGGAGGUGCUGGUGGUGGUUAUGGAGGUGGUGAAGGAGGUGGUGCAGGGGGUGGAUCUAGUGGAGAACAUGGAGGAGGAUACGGAGGUGGAAGUGGAGGUGGCGGAGGAGGUGGUGCUGGUGGAGCACAUGGAGGCGGAUAUGGUGGUGGUGAAGGAGCUGGUGGUGGAUAUGGAGGUGGAGCAGCAGGUGGUGGUGGAGCAGGUGGUGGUUCAGGUGGUGGUGGAGGUGGUGGAGGUGCGCAUGGCGGAGGAUAUGGUGGUGGUGCCGGAGGUGGUGAAGGUGGUGGCCAAGGUGGAUAUUAUCCUUGAGGCUUGCGCUUACAUGGAAAUUUAUAUAUUAUUUUUAAAUGAUUAUGAUGAUUAUCCUUGAGGCUUGACUUUACUAUCUUUAACUAUAACGGUGACAAGAAAAAGAAAUAAUUAUGAUGAUUAUAAACUACUACUACUAAAAUUUAUCGUUAUAUAUAUAUGUACUGCUUGAAAUGUUAAAUGAAUGCAAAUUAAUGCUUCUAUCAUAAUGAAUUGAAUUAAC